AUGUCGGCGCUACGGAGCUUAAUCGAACAUCGCGAGAUGAGGAACUUACAGCGCACUCCGUAUGGGGUCGUACCAGUGGAGGAGUAUCAACUAGAGCGAGAUCAUUCUUCGGAGUUUCAAUAUUCUGCAUCAAUCGAUCUCCCCACAGACGAGCAGAAACUCCAACCACAGCCGCUCAGGCUAUCUCGGCUGGAUAGAGUCUCGCGGCUACUAUGGGACUUGCUUCUUGCGGUGAUGGCAUCGCUCUUUGCAGUGUUUGGUAUAUGGGUUUCCCGUGUCGAUGGAAGUCCUGCCGGUCCAGGAUCAAUAGGCUCCAAGCUUUAUGAGAUUUCCCAAUAUGCACCUACCGUAUUUCCCGUUCUAUUCGCCGCAAUUGCGGGCAGCAGCAUCAAAAGUAUUGCCUCUUGGCGCAUCCAAACUCCGCAAGGAGCGACCAUCGGGCUGGUCGAGCAAUGUCUCGGAAGUCAGACAAUCACUGGAGCCUUCCUCACCCAGAUCAGACUCCGCGCUGUGAAUCUCAUGGCAUUAUUUACCGUUUUAUUGUGGUGCCUAUCUCCGUUAGGCAGUCAGGCGUCUCUCCGUGUGAUUUCCAUCGUGACUAGUCAUCCAGGCACCGCGGUCCAGUUGACCACUCUGGACACUUUCACGCCAUACCAAUACGGCUUCAGCCAAGGGCUAUCGGAGGCUAUGACAAUAGUAGCAAAUCCAAUGAUUGCUUCCAUAUCGGCAGCCUCGCUACUUUCCACCCGCAACCAAGAUCUAUGGAGCAAUGUGCGAUUUCCCAUUAUCGAGCACCUCAAAGGCGAUACGGAAUGGAUGGAUGUACCUCCAAGUAACAAUAUGUCGUAUGCAUCUCUUGUUGGCACGCCAGUCAGCGGCUUGCCUGACUCAGGCAGCACAUCCUUCACCCUCCCAGGCGCCUACAUGUCUCUCUCUUGUCCCGUCUUUGACACGAUACGCCAAAUCAACUUCACAAAUUUUACGGGACCGGACGCACCGUCACCUGGCAACGACGACGACUGCAGCUGGUCGAGUUCACAAGGCGGAAACCAGUUCCAGAUCGCCAUAUCCGAGCCAUGCUCAGCAUCAAAUAAUGCAUCGAUGACGAGGACUCGUAACGCUCGAAAAAUGAUCUGGGAGUCAUGGGCACCUGGCUAUGCCGGGGCCAUCACGGAUCGCUCCCCAAUCACUCGAGCCAUAUGCGAUCUCACCACGACCUACGUCGAUGCAAAUGUGACAUGUGGGAGCUUGGAUGGUCACGACUCGACCAAUACUUGCAACCUAUCCUCCGCGCGUCGGUCAGUGGACUCUCAUUUCCAUAGCAACUGGACCGUUCUGGAUGUGGUUUUCCCUGGAGACGAAAAGCUACCACCUCACUACCCGGGAGGAAUCCUGUAUAUUCUCACCAAUAUGUUUCCCCACGCCGAAGGGACAGGCGGUCUACAACCUGUUCUCGAGUACUUUGUCGACCCGUUCCACGCGGUAGGAAAAUUUGACAGUGAUUGGCGACUGGCGCCUGAUACCAUAGACCGACAAGUCUUUGAGACGCGUUUCGCUCAAUUGUUCAAUUCGGUGCUUUAUCUUGGAAUCAGUCCCUCGGCAUUCACCGGGUCCUUCAAUAUAACGGAUAUUGAGGGGAAGGACAGUGAGAUCCAAGACAGCCCUGUCAAACUUACUGCCCAAAACAUCCGUAACCAAGACGUUGUGAAAUGCAAUCGUCCUUGGCUAGCCGUGCUCAUUAUCUCCUCACUGGUGAUUUUCUGCUUUGCACUUGUGGGUGCCUAUCUUCACAUCGUAACGAUUGCCCCAGAACUACUAGGAUCAGUCAGUGUGGCACUGUUACGGAACAAAAUUGAGGGUGUGACAGGAUCUUCUACUUGGUCUUCGGAUGAAUGGUCGAAGAACUUGCAAGAUACGAAAUUAUACCUUGGGGAUGUGCAACCGGAUGCUGAUGUUGGAUGUAUUGCGCUGACUACCUCGGCGCAGGAUGUUCCUGCGGCUUCUGUUAAGGGAAGAUUAUAUAUUUGA